AUCCCGACUGGGCCUCCUACACCCUGGGGGUGUUCAUCUGCCUGAGCUGCUCGGGAAUCCACCGGAACAUCCCCCAGGUCAGCAAGGUGAAGUCAAUCCGCCUGGAUGCCUGGGAGGAGGCCCAAGUGGAGUUCAUGGCCUCCCAUGGAAAUGACGCUGCGAGAGACGCGUAUGAGUCCAAAGUGCCUCCCUUCUACUACCGGCCCACGUCCUCUGACUGUCAGCUCCUGCGGGAGCAGUGGAUCCGGGCCAAGUACGAACGGCUGGAGUUCACCCACCCGGAGAAGCAGGAGCCGUACUCCGCAGGUAAGAGCGCGCGUAGGGAAAGGGUGUCGCUGGCAGAGAAGCUGCUGGACCCGCCUGACGCGCGGCAACCGGGCUGGACGGGGCCCCGGUGCACGGGCAGCGUGGCUUCCGUGGCCUCCUGGCCAAAGACGUCACGGCCUGCAGGGAAGACCGAGAAGCUGGUGGCGCCUUCGGGCAUCGUAGGGCUGUGGGGACUCGGCGGGGCCGCCGAGAACGGGGUAGUUCGUAGUGCCGUGUGGUCGCCAGGUGUGGAGUGGGCCCUGGGCUCCCGCCAGCUCCAUAGGAGAGGAAAGGAGCCGCCCAGAGCCCGGGGCAGGGUCAGCUCGGGGCCAGGGGCCGGCCGGCUCAGACGUCGCCACUCCGACCCUGGGCCGGCUCAGGGCUGCCACGCCCCCCAGCAGGCCUCGCCCAGCACACAGUCUGGGGGGCGGAGCUCACGGCCCAGGCCCACACCAGCCUCUGACCCGCAGGAGAUCGUGGACUGGUUCAACGCGCUCCGCGCGGCCCGCUUCCAUUACCUGCAGGUGGCGUUCCCGGGGGCCAGCGACGCCGACCUGGUGCCAAAGCUCUCCCGGAACUACCUGAAAGAAGGAUACAUGGAGAAAACCGGGCCCAAGCAAACAGAAGGCUUCCGGAAGCGCUGGUUCACCAUGGACGACCGGAGGCUCAUGUACUUCAAAGAUCCCCUGGACGCCUUUGCUCGCGGGGAAGUCUUCAUCGGCAGCAGGGAGAGCGGCUACACGGUGCUGGACGGGCUCCCACCGUCCACCCAGGGCCACCACUGGCCACACGGCAUUACCAUCGUGACACCGGAGCGCAGGUUCCUGCUGGCCUGUGAGACGGAGUCAGAGCAGCGGGCGUGGAUGGAAGCUUUUCGGAAGGUCGUGGACAGACCCAUGCUGCCCCAGGAGUACGCAGUGGAAGCCCACUUCAAGCAUAAACCCUAACAAGAGCUGGUCGUGGAGGCCGAGGGAGCUGGACUCAUGGGAAAUGCCACCGAAGAGUCAGCAGCCAGAGGGGGCCGGUGAUGGAGGACAGGCCUCCCGGCCCCCCGCCCUCAGGGGCAGCCCUGGACGUGGCCAGGCGGGGCCUGUGCUCUAGCCACUAAGACUCGUUUCUCCAGAGCCUCACUGCAGGCCGGCUGACCUGACCUCUGCCCCCAUCAUGCUGCUGCCCAUGGAUGUGACCCUGCCCACCCCCCCUCCCCACCCCCCGUCCACUGGACCACCCUUCCUCGGGGCCUGGGCCCAGCCUCCUGUCUCAGGGCAGCCCAGCGGCCCCUCACCAACUCACCCUGCCCCCUGCCCACCAGAGCAGGACCCUGCCUGAGCAGGAGGCUGGGCUGUGGGGACAGCGGGCAGCCUGCAUGCCUCCCCUCCGGCCCCUCCUACGUAUCUCCUCAACAAGUAUUUAUUGAGCACC